AUGGAGAACGACAAGGCGUCACAUGCGAGCCCAAGCAUUGGAGUGAACGAAUUUGUCGUUCAAGGGGAGAUAUCCAUAGACGACUCCGAAAGGUCUGUCAAGAGUGUUAGCGUUAGCAUAAGUGAUGAUGAGGAUAGUAAGACAGAUGUACAAGAUAAUAUGGCCACACCGUCCACAAGAUCGAAAUUUCAAACAGAUCUGGCCAUUGAUAAUAGGCUAUUGGAAAAAGAUCCAAAGUACAAAAAACUUUUCACUGAAAAAAGAAGACGUCGAAGACCAGAAAGCUGUAUUAACCUCAUGACUAAAGGUAAGGGCACUGGACAAAAAGAUAACAUUAAUGAUCAAAUUUUCAGCCUAAGAAUAUUACCAGGCUCCGAUUUAAACUCUUUAAAGGAUUCUUUAUGGAUAAUAAAGAUCUCUACCCAGCCAGAUGUUGAAAAAACAAUCGCAAGAGCUUUUUCUGAUUUCUAUUGGUUAUAUCAUCAAUUACAAAAUAACCACUGGGGAAAAACGAUUCCUCCGCCUACAAGGUCCAACAUUCUUGUAGAGAAGGACGAAUUUGCCAUAAAUCAUCUUUUUAUGAUACGUAAUAAUGAGAAGUAUGAUCCAAUUUUUAAUUUCAAACCGGAAUAUAUCAUAUCAUUGCAAUUGAUGGCAAUGAUUAAGCACAUAUUCAAUGACAAGGUUUUACGUUUGGAUUCAAAUUUCAUAGAUUUUAUUAGUUGGGAUGACGAUCUUCCUGAAAGUUUGCAAAUAGUAGUCGAUGACAGUACCUUCACAGGGGAUAAAAUACUAAUGACAUCUUCUCAAUUUCGAGAAUUAAAAGAGUUUCAUAAACAAUCAAAAAAAGUGGAAUCAAUAACAAAUUCACAUGCUUCGUUAAUACCCGUAACAGAACUUACCGAAAUAUAUAUAAGCCCGACCAAAUUAUUCUCUAGAAAAGACUACCAAAGGCUUUUUCAACCUCAAAGCACAGACAACACCUUUAAUAACAAUGACCCGUUGAUUCAAGAGUGGAUACCAAAAAGCAAAACAUUAUUCACUAGUUUAUCCUUUGGUUCAAGUGCACCUACUUAUCAAGAAGCGUCAACUGAGAUACAGGCAUGCCAUGACUGGGUAAGCAUAUCCAAGGAGCAAUGGAAACAGUUACUCUACCAUGUAUUACAGUACAUUGUAGACGAGGCAGUGAAGGUGAAUUCUGUGAUAAACGAAUUUACUGAGUGUCUUAAGCAAAUUUCUUUGGACGAAGUCAUUAGAGCAAACUCUGAACUAUUUUUGAAAUUUUCCAAACUGAAUGAAUCCUUUCUAAAAAAAUUCAAAGGUGCAUCGAGGCAAGACAUUCUGAAGCUAAUCAUAUUAUUUGAUGAAAAUGUAAGAUUUUGCGAAUCAUUUGAAUCCAUCUUAAAUCAAAGAUUGAAGCUUGGUAAAAUUCUAAGCAUCAUAGAAGUGGAUCUAGACAAGAAGAAAAACUUUCUUGACAAACUAUCUCCGGGAAACAACAACAGUAACAAUGAAGACCUUAAGAUACGCACGGCAGAGGAUGAAUACCGCAUUGUAUUAAAAAGAUAUAACCGUGUUAAGCAGAGCUGGGAGAAAAUUAUGGAAGAUAUCUUAAAUGAACGGAAAGAAUUUGAGAAGAGAGAAGCCGCCGAGGUUAAUAGUUGUUUAAAAUCAAUAAGAGAUUUGAACAUGGAUGAAAAGAAACACUAUUUACAAUUAUGGCAAGACUUUGUACCAGAUGAGCACAUAAGCCAAUGA